GGAGUAGUCUAUUUUUUUUAGUUCAAAUAUACAACAAGCUAACGAGCAGCUGUUUACUUCGAUUGACAGAGAGGGUAAAUUUAAAAUUUUUAAUAAUAAAUUCUAUAACAAGCUUAUUUGCCUUUUUUUAUGGUGUAACUUUAAAAGUGAGGUAAUAGAAAUGUCCAGAGUACUCUCUGAUCAAAUUGUAUCUUCUGUGAAGGAAUUAAUUACCGUUCUAUCUGGAUUUGAGGAAACAACAGACCCAUUCCAUCACAUAUAUGAAUAUUUUAUUACAAAGCUGAAAAAGUCUGAUACAAUGUAUUUCUCAAGUAAACGUGAUAUAGAUCAAAACAUAUCGGGUAUGGCAGAGAAGUUUCGCUUUCAUGGAUUUUUUCGACAAGCUGAAGCAUUACAAGCAGCUUAUAAGCUUUACUUGCCUGAUUCAUUGCCUAAAUCUGACAGUAUGAAUAGGCUAAACGUUAUAAAAUUCUUGUUGUGUCUGUCGGAGGCUCCAACAAAACAUUUUCUGGAAAAUCCAGAAAUGGAACUUCCACAGAAGAUUGAGCUUAUUGAAGAAGUUAAUUGGGUGGAAUAUUUGAACGAAGGUAUUGAUAAAUGGAACCCAAAUUUUGAUGAGAGUGAUGAGGAUUCCUAUGCUAGUUUUGAUGAUAGUGACAAUAAAGAAGCAGUAAAUGUUGGUUCAUCAAAGUCUAUGCUUCCAGUACAAAUUCGCAGCAGUAACAAUUUUUAUGUGAUGGAUUAUAAAGCUAAUAGAGAAGAAUUAUUAAAUACAAUUCAACAUACUUGGUACUGUGGAGAUAAAUUUUUUAUCAAACCUGAAAGUGAGUGGAGAGAAGCAAAUAUAGGAAUUUUAUGGGAAAAAUAUUUGGUAGAUCAAGUGCAUGGAUUAGUUGAUUUAAACAGACCAUCAUUUACAACCGAAUAUAAGGUAAUAAGAGAAAUAUUGUGGCAGUUUUGGUGCCCUCAUACUUCCACUACAAUAGAACUUCAUGGAAAUAAUAUACAACCAAGGUCUAGUAUUACAUUACCUAGUGUUCGAUCAUAUGCCUUCUGUAAUUUUAUGAAUGAAUUCGUACAAUAUAUUGAUCUCUUAAGAUAUUUUCAAGAAUUUAAAAACUUACUCUCACUAGAUUUGUAUGGAAAUAGUAAUAUUAUUUCAAGAACUUAUCAGAGUUACAACAAAUGUAUAAAUAGUGUUAUGGAACCCAUAUACAUAAAAUUGUGUGAUAUUGAAAAUGAAGUUAGACUGCAAGAAACAACUUAUACACUGUUGAAAUUUGCUGGACAAUUAAGUAACGUUUUUGAACCUCUAAUUAUUCUGAAACAGAUUCAUGAGCAAGUUAUUCUGAAUCCUAACUUGCAUACACCUUUAAGAUGUGCCACUACUUUAAUUGUGAGAUUACAUGAAACCUUUCAUUUUGCAACAAAUAAAUUGGAACAGGAUUUGAAAAUUUCAAUGUUUUUAGAAAGUAUACGCUACUAUUUAGAAUUGGUGGAAGCUUGGUUUAUCAGAGACGACCUGUCUGAUCAUACAGCUGAAUUUGUUAUAGAGAAAAGUAUGUCUGUAGGAAAUGCGCAUUUAGGAUUUGCUGUCAAAGAAAAUAUUGAACCUUCAUUCAAAAAUAAUGCUUUUUUGAAAGUAUUUUUUGAAAAAGUUUUGAAAAUGGGAGAAAAUAUUAACUUCUUAAGACUCCUAGGAAAAUAUGAUAUAAUAGGUGAUUUUUCAGAGACAAUAUAUGAGGAAUAUAUUAACGAGAUAUUUGAUAGACUUCAUAAGUUUUACAAUAAGACAAAAGAUGAAUGUAGAAGUCUAGAUCAUUCAAAUACUAACAUGGACACAGAAAUAUUCAAAGAACAUCAAUACAUAAAUCCGUUCAGUAACAACCAGGAUAGACACAAUCCAGAUAUGGAGAAAUUAGAAAAUUUAGUUGAUGUUGAAGAUGGAUUCCUUAUGGCGGCUUUCUCUAAGUUUUUUACACAAGAUAAACAAGAACGACAUUGUGAUAAAGGCGGGUUAUACCAAAGAAUUUCAAAUUUAACAACAACUUUGUACCCUGGUACCAACAUUUUUGAAAAUGUUUUGUCAAAUAUUAUUGAUGAAAGGUUUACAAUAUCUGGUUUGAUGGUUAAAAAUCUCUUGAUUGAGGAUCAUCUUUUGGAAAAGCAGUUUGAGUUUUUGAAACAUGCCUAUUUAUUUUUUGAUGAUCUAAUCUUUCCAUUUUAUAGAAGACUUUUCGAAAAGACUGAGUCGUCGGACAAAAACUGGGCCAACGAUAUUUGGCUUACGUCCCAUCUGCAGUAUAUUUUUAUGGAUAUAUAUCCCGAGUUCUAUGAAAAAUGUUCCGUGCAAGUGAAAGAUGGAAGAUCUUUGUGCACGGAUUCUUUGUCUGUCUGCAGCCUAAUAAAUAUUCAUUAUGAUAUACAAUGGCCAUUAAAUAUUAUCAUAAAACAAGAACAGAUCGAAUUAUAUCAGAAUAUAUUUAGGUUUUUGUUGAAAUUGAAAUGGGCAUUGCACACAUUAAAUCAUUUGGUAUUUUCAGACUUGGAAUCCAAAAAUAAAUCAAUGAAGAAGUCACAAAAGACCUACAAGGCCAUCUCCCACCAGAACAAGCCGACCGCGAAACUUAUACGCUUAAAGUUUUACUUGAUAAAUAUCCUUAACAACUUGCAACAUUUCGUUUGCGGGUUCAUUUUUAGCAAGGAAUUGUCUAAAUAUGAAUUAGAGUUUGAGAAAGCCCACGAUUUGAAAUCGCUCAUUGAUACUCAUGCGUCGUUUAUCAACUCCGUUUCAUCCACUAUAAAGAAUCUGGGAGAAUGUACCAUGGAGAAGGAUAGAACGAAUAAUGUUAUUAUUUGCGUAAAAUUACUGAAGUUAAUGUGGACGGAUUUGAAAUACGCAACACCUGAACGAAUUAGCGAUUGUUACAAAAUGUACGAUGAUUUUUAUAAUAGUAUUAGUCCUAUUAUAUUUCCUGUUCAUAUAUACGAUUAUUAAAGUAUUGUUUAUUAA